AUUUUGGGUGACCCAUGUCGACCCUGGCUGACCCAUACAAAGAGCCCAGUCACCCUUUCCCUGACCUCCCUCCCCAGACCUCCCAAAUCAAAUAAAGUGCGACCCAGCCCGAGUUCCCAUCCCUUCGCUCUCCUGAUUCCGCAAACUUCUACUGUUGUCGUCCCGUCAACUGCCUCUCUCCGUCUUGGAAUCUCCGUCAGCAACAAAGGGAAUAUCAAUACCCUUAAGCUCAAGGCAAUAUCAGUCAGGGACUCCCUGUAUCUACCAUCUCGCCUCCACACACCCUCUUCUUUUUGUUCUUUUUUCUAGUUUUUGGUUUUUAGAGAUACCCAGUUUCCUUCCCUCACCCCCAAACCAAAUCACAAUGGCCGAGGAACAGAAGCCCGUCGCCGUCCCCGCCGAGGAGACGCCCGCGACCACCACCGCCGAGACCACUGCCCCUGUCGAGGCUGCAAAGGAGGAGGCUGCCCCUGCCGCCACCACCGAGGCGACAAAGGAGCCCGCUACUGAGACCCCUGCCGCCGAGGGAGAUGCCACCGCCGCUGCGCCAGCUGCCGAGGAGGCAAAGAAGGAGGCCGAGCCCGUCGAGGACGGCCAGCUCGAGCACAAGGGCAGCAACUUCCCCAAGAACUUCAUCUACACCAAGAAGUUCUUCUGGUUCGGCUCCGAGGCCGUCGACCCCAAGAAGUUCCCCGGUCUGCUGAAGGACCACCACCUCGCCGCAUGGGCCAGCGAGACCGGCAAGGGUCUGCUGUUCUUCAGCGAGAAGGGCCAGGACAGGACUGCCCCCACCAGCGCCAUUGCCCUGCACGAGGCCGCUGAGCCCACCGUCGAGGGCCCCAACAAGUUCAUCCUGUCCUCCAAGGGCCACAAGCACACCUUCAAGGCCGGCAACACUGCCGAGCGUGACAACUGGGUCAGCCAGAUCAAGCUGAGGAUCGCCGAGGCCAAGGAGCUCGCCACCACCAUCACCGAGUCCGAGCAGUACAAGGCCACCCUCGCUUCCUUCUCCCCCGCCGUCAAGAAGGAGGAGAAGAAGGAGGAGAAGAAGGAAGAGAAGGCCGAGGAGAAGAAGGACGAGACCGAGGCCCCCAAGGCUACUGAGGACACCCCCGCCGUCGAGGGCGCUGCCGUCCCUGCCACCACUGAGGCUGCCACCGAGACCCCUGCCGAGGCAGAGGCCAAGGAGGAGGCCAAGGAGGAGGCUGCUGACUCCAAGAAGGACGAGCGCAAGCGCUCCGCUAGCAGGAAGCGCGCCUCUAUCUUCGGUGCUCUCCUUGGCGGUAACAAGAAGGGCGAGUCUUCUGCCGCCAAGGACGUCAAGGCCGAGGAGAAGAAGGAGGAGGCCGUCGCUGAGGCCCCUGCUGAGGCCGCUGCCGCCACCACCGAGACCCCCGCUGCCGCCGCCACCGAGACUGCGGAGCCCGCUACCGAGGCUGCCAAGGAGCCCGAGGCCGCUGCCGCUGCCGAGACCCCCGCCACCGAGGAGGCCAAGGGCAAGGCUGCCGAGAAGCCCACGCCCACCAAGCGCACCAGCCUCUUCGGUGGUCUGUCGUUCGGCAAGAAGAAGCCUGAGGAGGCCGCUCCCGCCACCCCGGCCAAGGACACUCCCACCGUCUCAGAGGAUGCUCCUGUCAUCCCCAAGCCUGAGACCGUUGAGCCCCUGAGCACCGAGGUCUCCAGCCCCGCCAACGUCCCCGUCGAGACCACGGAGACCACCCCCGCCGUCAACGGCGAGAAGAAGGAGGUCAAGAGCGACAAGCGCAAGUCGUCCUUCCCCUUCGCCCUGGGCAAGAAGAGCGGCUCUUCCAACCCCACCAGCCCUGCUGCUGAGGAGGGUGCCGCGUCCCCCGACGCUGAGAAGACCAAGAGCCCCAACGCCUUCUCCAAGUUCCGUGCUACCAUCAAGAACAAGGGCAAGGCUGCUGAGAAGCCCGCUGACAAGGCUGAGGACAAGCCCGCCGAGGGUGCUGCCGAGGAGGCCGCGAAGCCCGCCGAGGAGGCCAAGGCUGCUGAGGAGACCAAGCCUGAGACCGUCACCGAGGAGGCCGAGCCCGCCAAGGACGCUCCCGUUGCCAGCACCCCGGCGGUUACUGCUUCGGCCUAAAAAGCUGAACAUUUAACCUCAGCCGGCAUGGGGCAAUCAUGACAUCUUGCCCUGUACGGAUCGACGAAACAACACUAUAGAGCGAGGUCGAUGACACGACAGGCGUCGCAUGAAGGGAGCAUCACACCACUUAUGAUACCCACUCCCUGGGUGUAUGGGAUCGGAUUUGCAUUUCGAGAUACCCAAACGAAAUUCCCAUUUGUCUCGGAGCAACUUUUCGACGGGGGGGAGGCCGACUUUCCUUGUUUUGACUCCGUCCGCAGUAUCGAGUUCCCGCGUUCGCAACUCAAUGUCUUUUGUUUUUGAUACCCGAAGUAUACCCAAAGACAGUCGUUUGGAAGGGUGGAGGCAGCCAUGUGGGGCUGGUGGAACGACGGAGAGGAGCAAGAGGAUAUAUACUACAAAACCCGCAAAAAAAGAUGAUGUCUGGAAAACGAAAAGAUGGAAAGGUUUGGUUUCGAGAUGUGUUGAUUGAUGGAAACGGUGCAUGCUUCUUGGGCCUGUCGGUUGUGUCGGGGUCACAUAGGAUCUUGAUGCGCCGGGUGGCCUAGAGCAUUCAUUUAACUAAUAGCUAAUAUAAACUCUCGUGUGUUGGGCCUCAUC